UGAGACCCAAACCCUAGGCGGCGGCGGCGCCGUGGGGUUGAGUUGAGAUGGACGCGAGGUUCCCUUACUCGCCGGCCGAGGUGGCCAAGGUGCAGUGCGUGCAGUUCGGCAUCCUCAGCCCGGAUGAAAUCAGACAAAUGUCAGUGGUGGUGAUAGAACAUGCAGAGACCAUGGAGAGAGGGAAGGCCAAACCUGGGGGUUUGAGUGACCCCCGUUUGGGUACGAUUGACCGCAAGAUCAAGUGCGAUACAUGUAUGGCUGGGAUGGCCGAGUGCCCAGGACAUUUUGGUCACCUUGAGCUCGCAAAGCCAAUGUUCCACAUUGGAUUCAUCAAGACCGUACUCUCCAUAAUGCGCUGCGUGUGCUUCAACUGUUCCAAGAUCCUCGUGCCUGAGGAGGACCCCAAGUUCAAGCAGGCUCUGAAAAUCAAGAAUCCAAAGAACAGAUUAAGACGAAUCUAUGAUGCUUGCAAGAGCAAAAAGACUUGCGAUGGUGGUGAUGAACUUGAGGCUCAGGAUCAGCAGGACACUGAUGAACCAGUAAAGAAAAGAAGUGGUUGUGGUGCUCAGCAGCCAAAUAUCACAGUUGAUGGUAUGAAGAUGGUUGCAGAAUUUAAAGCAGCAAAGAAGAAAAAUGAUGAUCAAGAUCAACUCCCUGAGCCAGUGGAGCGGAAGCAAAUUCUCUCUGCCGAGAGGGUACUUAAUGUUCUCAAGCGUAUCAGUGACGAGGACUGUCUUUUAUUGGGCCUCAGUGCUAAAUAUGCUCGACCUGACUGGAUGAUACUUCAAGUACUUCCGAUUCCUCCACCACCUGUGAGACCAUCUGUCAUGAUGGAUACUUCCUCCAGAAGUGAGGAUGAUUUGACUCAUCAAUUAGCGAUGAUAAUUCGACAUAAUGAGAAUUUGAGGAGGCAAGAGAGAAAUGGAGCACCAGCUCAUAUUAUAACAGAGUUUGCUCAGUUGUUGCAGUUUCACAUCGCAACAUACUUUGACAAUGAUCUUCCUGGACAACCAAGGGCAACUCAGCGUUCUGGAAGGCCUAUUAAGUCAAUUUGCAGCAGGCUGAAAGCAAAAGAAGGUCGGAUUAGAGGAAACUUGAUGGGGAAGCGUGUUGAUUUCUCAGCUCGUACGGUCAUCACACCAGAUCCCAAUAUCAACAUUGAUCAGUUGGGGGUGCCAUGGAGUAUUGCAUUGAAUCUGACAUACCCAGAAACUGUAACCCCAUACAACAUUGAGAGGUUGAAAGAGCUAGUAGAAUAUGGGCCUCACCCUCCCCCUGGGAAGACAGGUGCCAAGUACAUUAUCAGGGAAGAUGGUCAGAGGCUUGAUCUACGCUAUGUGAAGAAAAGUAGUGAUCAGCAUUUGGAGCUGGGCUACAAGGUUGAAAGGCACCUCAAUGAUGGAGAUUUUGUUCUUUUCAAUCGACAACCCAGUCUUCACAAAAUGUCUAUUAUGGGGCAUCGCAUUAAAAUUAUGCCCUACUCAACUUUCCGGCUAAACUUGUCUGUCACAUCACCAUACAAUGCUGAUUUUGAUGGGGAUGAAAUGAAUAUGCAUGUUCCUCAGUCAUUUGAGACCAGGGCUGAAGUUCUAGAGCUGAUGAUGGUGCCAAAAUGUAUUGUGUCACCUCAAGCAAAUAGGCCUGUUAUGGGCAUUGUCCAGGACACGCUUCUUGGGUGUCGGAAAAUCACCAAAAGGGAUACUCUUAUUGAAAAGGAUGUAUUUAUGAACAUCUUAAUGUGGUGGGAAGAUUUUGAUGGGAAGGUUCCUGCCCCUGCCAUUUUGAAACCAAGGCCAAUUUGGACUGGCAAACAAGUUUUCAACUUGAUUAUCCCCAAGCUAAUCAAUUUGAUUAGAUUUUCAGCCUGGCAUGCUGAAACAGAAACUGGAUUUAUUACUCCUGGUGAUACCAUGGUCCGGAUAGAGAAGGGAGAGCUUCUGUCUGGUACACUUUGCAAAAAAACUCUUGGGACAGGAACUGGAAGUCUUAUUCAUGUUAUUUGGGAGGAAGUAGGGCCAGAUGCUGCACGGAAGUUCUUGGGUCACACACAGUGGCUGGUCAACUAUUGGCUCCUGCAAAAUGGGUUCAGUAUUGGAAUUGGGGAUACAAUUGCAGAUGCAAGUACCAUGGAAAAGAUUAAUGAGACUAUCGGAAAAGCUAAGAAUGACGUGAAGGAGCUUAUUAAACAAGCACAAGAAAAAAGUUUGGAACCUGAGCCAGGACGCACAAUGAUGGAGUCUUUUGAAAACAGAGUAAACCAGGUUCUUAACAAGGCUCGUGAUGAUGCUGGGAGUAGUGCUCAGAAGAGUUUAUCUGAGAGUAACAAUUUGAAAGCUAUGGUCACUGCAGGCUCGAAAGGAAGUUUCAUUAAUAUUUCACAAAUGACUGCUUGUGUCGGCCAACAGAAUGUUGAGGGCAAGCGGAUCCCAUUUGGUUUUGUUGAUCGUACAUUGCCCCACUUCACAAAAGAUGACUAUGGUCCUGAAAGCCGUGGAUUUGUGGAGAACUCUUACCUUCGAGGUCUAACACCACAGGAAUUUUUCUUCCAUGCUAUGGGUGGUAGAGAAGGUCUUAUUGAUACUGCCGUGAAAACUUCUGAAACUGGCUAUAUUCAGCGGCGGCUUGUGAAGGCUAUGGAGGACAUCAUGGUCAAGUAUGAUGGUACAGUGAGAAAUUCUUUAGGUGAUGUCAUUCAGUUCUUGUAUGGAGAAGAUGGCAUGGAUGCUGUGUGGAUUGAAUCACAGAAAUUGGACUCCCUGAAGAUGAAAAAGAAUGAGUUCGAUAAUGUAUAUCGGUAUGAACUGGAUGAUGAGAACUGGAGGCCUACGUACAUGAUGCCUGAAUAUGUUGAUGAUUUGAAGACCAUUCGAGAAUUCAGAAAUGUGUUUGAGGCAGAGGUUCAGAAAUUAGAAGCUGACCGUUUACAGCUUGGGACUGAGAUUACCACAACUGGCGACAACACAUGGCCUAUGCCUGUGAAUCUCAAGCGGCUGAUCUGGAAUGCUCAAAAGACAUUCAAGAUUGAUUUAAGAAGACCUUCUGACAUGCACCCGAUGGAAAUUGUUGAAGCAAUAGAUAAGCUGCAAGAAAGACUUAAGGUUGUCCCUGGUGAUGAUGCAAUGAGCAUUGAAGCUCAGAAGAACGCUACUUUGUUCUUCAAUAUCCUGCUUCGUAGCACAUUUGCUAGCAAGAGGGUCUUGAAAGAAUACAGGCUUACAAAGGAAUCUUUUGAAUGGGUCAUUGGUGAGAUUGAAUCGAGAUUCCUUCAGUCUUUGGUAGCUCCUGGGGAAAUGAUUGGGUGUGUGGCUGCACAGUCCAUUGGAGAACCAGCAACUCAGAUGACGCUGAAUACUUUCCAUUAUGCUGGUGUCAGUGCAAAGAAUGUUACCCUUGGUGUUCCCAGGUUGAGAGAGAUCAUUAACGUUGCCAAGAAGAUAAAGACUCCAUCACUGUCUGUUUUCCUGAAGCCUGAGGUGGGCAAGAAGAAAGAAUUGGCCAAGAAUGUCCAAUGUGCCCUGGAGUACACUACACUACGUAGUGUGACGCAUGCCACUGAGAUAUGGUACGAUCCUGAUCCUCUGGGAACCAUCAUUGAAGAGGAUGUGGAAUUUGUCAGAUCAUACUAUGAGAUGCCUGAUGAGGAUAUUGACCCGGAUAAGAUCUCUCCUUGGCUGCUGCGUAUUGAACUGAACCGUGAGAUGAUGGUUGAUAAGAAGUUGAGCAUGGCUGAUAUCGCAGAGAAGAUCAAUCAUGAAUUUGAUGAUGACUUGUCAUGCAUAUUCAAUGAUGAUAACGCAGAUAAGCUCAUCCUCCGUGUCCGUAUAACAAAUGAUGAAGCUCCAAAGGGAGAAAUACAGGAUGAAUCUGCCGAGGAUGAUGUCUUUCUCAAGAAGAUCGAAGGUAACAUGUUGACCGAGAUGGCCCUUCGAGGCAUUCCAGACAUUAACAAGGUCUUCAUCAAAUACGGGAAGGUCAAUAAAUUUGAGGAAAAUGAAGGUUUCAAACCCGAUAACGAGUGGAUGCUUGAUACAGAAGGCGUCAACCUCUUGGCGGUGAUGUGUCAUGAGGAUGUUGAUGCUACAAGGACAACAAGUAAUCAUUUAAUUGAAGUCAUUGAAGUUCUUGGGAUUGAGGCUGUCCGCAGGUCUCUCUUGGAUGAGCUGAGGGUGGUCAUAUCUUUUGAUGGAUCUUAUGUGAAUUACAGGCAUCUGGCCAUUCUAUGUGAUACAAUGACAUACAGAGGUCAUCUGAUGGCCAUUACUAGGCACGGCAUAAAUCGUAAUGACACAGGGCCUCUUAUGAGAUGUUCCUUUGAAGAAACUGUGGAUAUCUUGCUUGAUGCUUCUGUAUAUGCCGAAUCCGACUACCUGAGAGGUGUCACUGAGAACAUUAUGGUUGGCCAGCUUGCUCCUAUUGGUACAGGAGGCUGUGGAUUGUAUCUGAAUGACAAGAUGCUACAGCAGGCCAUUGAGCUUCAACUCCCGAGCUAUGUUGACGGUCUUGACUAUGGCAUGAAUGGCAUGACACCAGGGCGUUCACCCAUCUCUGGGACACCUUACAUUGAUGGAGGAAUGAUGUCACCAAUGCUGAGUCCGAAUUUCAGGGCUUCCCCCAUUACAGAUGCUCAGUUCUCUCCGUAUGUUGGUGGCAUGUCGUUCUCGCCUAUUCCGUCAAACUACAGCCCAUCCUCUGGGGGUGGUUACAGUCCAUCUUCUCCUGUUUUCAGCCCAGGGCCAGGGCAAGGUUACAGCCCCACUUCUCCAUCAUACAGCCCUGCAUCACCCAGCUACAGUCCCACCUCUCCAUCAUAUACGCCUGGCUCUCCUUCCUACAGUCCUACUAGCCCAUCAUACUCUCCGACCAGUCCAUCAUACUCACCAACAUCUCCGAGCUACAGUCCUACAUCUCCGAGCUACAGCCCCACAUCUCCGAGCUACAGCCCCACAUCGCCAAGCUACAGCCCCACAUCGCCGAGCUACAGCCCCACAUCGCCAGUUUAUAGCCCAACCUCUCCAGCAUAUAGCCCGACAUCUCCUGCAUACAGCCCGACGUCGCCAUCUUACAGCCCAACGUCACCAUCUUAUAGCCCGACGUCGCCAUCAUACAGUCCUACAUCUCCUUCAUACAGCCCCACGUCACCAUCAUACAGCCCCACGUCUCCUUCAUACAGCCCUACAUCUCCUUCAUACAGCCCUACAUCGCCCUCAUACAGCCCAACAUCGCCUGCAUACAGCCCUACAUCGCCCGGCUACAGCCCGACGUCUCCCAGCUAUAGCCCAACUUCACCGAAUUACAGUCCAACUUCACCGAGCUACAAUCCUUCUUCGGCCAAGUACAGUCCUUCACAUGCUUACUCUCCAAGCAGCCCAAGGAUGAUGAGCCCUUAUAGCCAAACUUCUCCAAACUACAGCCCCACCUCACCGUCUUACUCGCCCACCUCACCGUCGUAUGCACAACCAAGUCCGUCAUAUAGCCCAACCAGCCCGCACACUACCUCAGGAGGACCUAGCCCAGAUUACAGCCCAACUUCUCCAAAUUACAGCCCUAGCGCAAGCUACUCCCCCACUGCACCAGGCUACUCCCCGUCAUCCACCGGGCCGCAAACUACUGACAAGGACGACGAGAUUGCUCCUUGAAAGGUGCUCACAAUGAGGAAAUGUCGGCAGGCUGAUGAAGAACUAUAUUGUUUUAUUGUACUAUCACUGGAACUGGCUCUGUAUUUCUUUUCACUUUGCUGCUAAUAGUAGCUCUAGAGUUGUUAUGUACGAUACGAUCACCCUAUAGGAACUGAAACUGUUGGCUUGUGAUGAGUGGCGCCUGCCCGUUGGUGGCGGCCGUAGCUGAGCUGUUCAGAAUAAUUAAUCUUUUAGUGAUGUGAUUUCGAUAGAAUUGUUAUACCAA